GUCUGGGCUCCUGCGUGGAGCCUAACACACGGAGUGGAGUCUCGGGUCUAAGCGGGGUCUCUGCAGAUGCGCCCCACCUUCCUCACCUGAGCCAACCUAAGCUGGCGUGGCUCUUGCCUAUGCGCAUGCGCGCCGCUCGCCUUCCCGUCAGAGCCCACCCUUGUCGACGACGCAACGGCAACAUCCGGCACUAGGUCCGUUCCCUAUUGUCAUCCUGUGGGAAACUACUUCCUGUAUCUUGCGCUUGCGCAGGAUCUGCUCUCCGGCCCUUUUCAUCCCGACACCAUGCGUUUCCACUCGGCCGAGGAACCGCAGGAAGAAGAUGGUGACAGCGGCUCUUAAGAAAUUCUGGUCCGGUGGGCGCGGUGAAGCGGGAGGAGAGGCCAGUGGUGCCACGACGGUGGCGGCUAAGCCAGGGCUGUGGACACGACUGAGCACCUGGGCCGGCGCGCUGCUCCGGGACUACGCCGAGGCGUGCGGGGACGCGGCGGCUGCGGCGCGAGCGCGACCCGGCCGCGCGGCCCUGUACGUGGGGCUGCUGGGCGGCGCUGCUGCGUGCUGCGCGCUGGCGCCCGGCGAGGCGGCCUUCGAGGAGGCCCUGCUCGACGCAUCGGGGUCGCUGUUGCUCUUGGCGCCGGCCACGCGCAACCGCCACUCGGAAGAGUUCCUGCAGCGCCUGCUGUGGCUGAGGGGCCGUGGGCGGCUGCGGCACGCGAACCUGGGCUUCUGCUCGCUGGUGUACGAAGCUCCCUUCGACGCCCAGGCCAGCCUCUACCAGGCCCGCUGCCGCUACCUGCAGCCGCGCUGGGUGGACUUCCCGGGCCGGAUCCUCGACGUGGGGUUCGUUGGCCGCUGGUGGGUCCUGCGGAACCGCAUGCUCGAUUGCGACAUCAACGACGACGAGUUUCUCCACCUGCCUGCGCAUCUCCGCGUCGUCGCACCUCACCAGCUGCACUCGGAGGCCAAUGAGAGGCUGUUCGAGGAGAAGUACAAGCCGAUCGUGCUCACCGACGAUCAGGUGGACCAGGCGCUGUGGGAGGAGCAGGUGUUACAGAAGGAGAGAAAGGAUCGGCUAGCUUUGAACGAGGCUGAUUCACUGGUUCAGUCCGAUGUUUCCAGAUGAAACCCAGCACUGCCCCCGGGGUACCAGGCGCAAGCAAACUGUUGGCCGUGGAUGGUGCAAUUGGUGAGAUGGGUAGAGAUAAAUGACUCUUAUUGUGAUUUUAUGGAAAGCCCUCACUCUGUCCUGUUAUCCAAAGCAAAUCGGGGGCCUUACUGGUCUUAGAGAUACAGAAGAGCUGAAGGACUGCUCUUAAACAUGCUGAAGCACUUGACCUUAUUGUGUUAAUCGCCCCCAGAUCUACUAGUAAGGAGCCUAUGCUGUAUAGCCUUUUGUAGCUGGGGAUGAACUUCAUGGGUAGAGCGUUUGCCUAGCACGCCUGGGUUCCUGCACUGCAAAAACAGAACAAAAGUGGGCUUUUGGUUUUGGAGGUUUUAUCUGGUUGGUUUUGAGAAUGUGACUCCCAUAUGCCCAGUCUGGCCCCCUGCAUCAGCUCUAGUGUACCACACUGUACCUGCCCAUGCAUUAGUCCUGUUCAUGAAUGGGGCUCCAAAGAUGUCCUGACUGCCAGUGACUCCCAAGGUCCUAAGCCCAAUUCCCAGCCCCCUUUUGGUAGUGUGCAUCAGUGAAGUUAGACCAAUCCCCAGCCCCUCUUUUGGUAGUGUGCAUCAGUGAAGUUAGACCAAUCCCCAGCCCCCCUUUUGGUAGUGUGCAUCAGUGAAGUUAGACCAAUCCCCAACCCCCUUUGGUAGUGUGCAUCAGUGAAGGUUUUGAGGACGGUCUGACCUAGGCUACUUGUUUAAAGAGUACUGACUGCUCCUCCCUCUGGAGAACCUCAAUUCAGUUCUCAGCAGCUUGAUCUGUAACUCCAGGCCAGGGAAUCAAUCCAGCGUUCUCUUCCGGAUUCCUUGUGUGCUAGGCAGGCACGUGGUGGUACACAGACAAAACACCCACUCACACAUGUUUAAAGAUUCUUCUAAGUCUUCUCCCAAUAUGGGGGCUAAAAUCAUGUGCCAGCUUGCCUGACCUCAGAUCUUCCUUUUUCACAUGGAGCUGGAAUGUAUGUGUUGAGGGUGUUUGUUUGUUGUGGUUUGGUUCGUUUGUUACACUGGCUUCCCCAGAACUGGUUAUGAAGAACAGUCUGCCCUUAAAGUCGCAGAGAUUUGUCUGCUUCUCAAAUUGGAUCUUUUUUGGUUUGUUUUGUUUCUGAGAGUGGUCUCACAGCCCAGACCAGCCUCAAACUCACUGUGUAGCAGAGGAUGACUGAAUGAUGAUGGCUCCUCUUGCCUGCACUUCCCAAAUGAAGUGAAAUGUUUCUGCCCUGUGGUUUAUUAUUGUUGGGUACUUGUGCUAGACAUUAAAUCCAGGGCCUUGUGCAUACUAGGCAAGCACUGUACACCAAGCCCUCUUAGGAUUUUUGUUUUGUUUGAUAAUAUCUUUAUGUAGUCCCCGAGGACCUUUGACCUAGCUUAACGAGUAAUGUUGUAUAUUACUAUCAGUGCAGGGGAUAGAUACAGAGGCCAACAGAUUCUACUGUGUAUAUGUAUGUAUGGCAGCAUGUUGGAAGGCUGGAACAUGUUCUGAUCCCAUAGUGUACAUGCAGUAGUAUGUCAUUAUACUGCAGGGACCCCGGAAAUGGUUGGAUGGAAAGGAACAGGGUGGGGCACAUAGGUUGGACCUGGCAAAAUUCCGGUAAUUACCUUUCAAUCUAAAAUAUUAGGGAAGCAAAACUUCCCAUAUCAGGUAGCUUGUGACUAGUCAAUAAAAGCAGGAAGUGAA